AUGUAGUUUGCCUUUGCAUGCAUGUGCAAUUUCCACGGACUUUUUUUCAAAGCAUUCUCUGGGCCCUGGGAUUUUAUUUUACUGUUUUCUACAGUCUAACUUAUCAAAAAUCAUUCUCAAUCAAAAUUUGAAAGUGUGCCACAGCGUUCCAGACGACCAGUCUCAAGUUUUUGGUCAGAAACCUAGUGAAUUGUUCAAUUAGCCCAGAUAUUCAAACCCAUCCAUCAGCUUCAGAAUCCCCACGAGAGGUCAAUUAAAGAUGUCACCUCGGCAGUUACUGAAGAACCAAAAAAGCAAAACAAUGAAACGUCUAAAAAAUUGUCCAGGAAAGCAGUCAAAUCUUGCAAAACCCUGUCGUACGAACAAAAGUGUAGCUGCUUUAAAGAAAGAAAUCAGUUGUUUGAAACGGAACUACUCUGUUUUGAAAUUACAACUGCAAGAGCAAAAGUUAGAGUAUGCCACAUUAAACCGAAAGUACGUCCUUUUAGAAACUGAGGUAGAGCAACUGCAGAUCUCCAAUGCAACUUUGAAAGAAGAAAACAGACAGUAUGAGAAACUUGUCUCCAACACCGAACCGGAAAUUCGAGCAUGUAUGACUCGAAUGGUGGAGACAUCUCAGACUUUGGCUGGUCUUCAGAUGGCGUUCAAUAGACAUAGGUCUCGGCAGCAACUGUCAAAAAUCAGCGGAUCGAUGUCAAAAAAUCAUCCAACAAUGGGAAAGAACUCAGUUAAGCAUAGUAAGAAUGUACUCAAUGUGGCACCAAGGCGUAAACAGGCUGUGCGGCCAAUGGUACAAGGACUGCAAAUUUUCACAAACUUGACAAUUCCCCUGCAACGGAUUUCAUUGCCUAACCAGGCUACCCGACGAGUUCCUGUUCCUGUGGUUGAAGCUCCACAAGAAUCAGAAGCAGUGGAUAUUGCUGCAGAGCCUGAAAGACCAAAUCCUUUGUCAUUUGAAAAACACCGCAGGAAUCUUCAUUUUGUCAAGAACAUCAAGAGCAAGCCAAAACAUUUCGUUAAAGGUUCAAAGAAAGAUGACUGCAGGCAUCCUAAAGGCGAUUUCAAACAUUCAGGCUCCAUAUGUAUGGUCCCACAGUUAAAUUUUGAUGACUCGUCUGAUUCUGAACCGGAACCAAAAGUGAAGAGAUUCAUGAAACCGAUUGUCCUCAUCAGAGACUUUAAAGCUCCUAGUGUAAAAAGCGGAAAAUGCAAUGCCACAGAUUCAACUCAGGCAGCCAAAACUUCUCUAAACAGUUUUCAGUCUGGUCAGGUAGACUCCAAUUCCCUUGAUCCUUUGGAAGGUACGAGUAAAAUGUAUUUAAGCAACUCUCACAUUGGCCCUAAGAGGCGAAUACAUCCAGCGUUUAGAAGGAAUAGUAGCAUUUCAGACUCUGACUCAGAUUCUGAAAGUCCCGUCAAGAAAUCAGAGCUCCCGACUCCACCAAAAAGGGAACUAUGUCCUCCUAAAGUAAAUCUAAAGUCUGCAACUGGGAAUGAUGAAAUAAGGUCCCAGCAUGUUGAUAAUAUUUGUACUACACUGCCCACUGUAACUGUGAAUUUAAGUAACAGUUCAGCACCGAUUUCUAAUGUAGCCAAAACAAACUCUGGAGAAUCCUUUGUCUCUGAGACACAGGAGAGUGGCUUAGCUGAGCAGGAUGCAAGUGAUGACGGUAAUGAAGAUCAAAUUCCAGAUGAUGUUGAAAUGACACAAUCAUUGGACUCAUGAAACAUCAAAAAAGAUGCACAGUGAGACCUCAAUCUAUCGGAUUUUACGGGACUGACGAAUCAAUCCGUUAAAUUGUGGAAUCCAUUUAUUCAAAUUACUUGAGGCCCUUGAAGGGACCAGAAAAUUGAUCCUUUAAAUCCGAUACAUAGCGAUCCGAUAAAUUGAGGUCUUACUGAAUCAUGAAAUGAUUUUUCAGGGCAUAAACACUCUUCUCUAAAAUUAGUUUUUACAGAUGAGUACAGAAUCUUCAGAUUCAUAUGAUCACAUGAGUAAACGAGUAGGAACAUUCACUUUUGCACCCCAACAUAACACUCACAUGUUAGCUAUUACAUGAACAAUGUCAGAUUUUGGAACAUAGAUUCUGUUUUUUUCUUAAAUAUGUUUCUCAGUAUACAUUAUGGUAGUAUAUGAUUUUUAACACGUUUCUUGCCAAGUCAGUUAUUAUAACAAUUUUUUGUCAGCUGUUUCUGAUCAAAUUGGUCAAAGUAACUGGUCUGUUCUGCUGUGAUUUCUACCUUGAUGCCAAGUUGUAAAAAUGCCAUUUGCAGUUGCACCACACAACUUAUCGUGUAUGAACUUAACUGUACUACUUAUUGUAUCUUUAUGAACAUAACCGAGAGGUAGAGCGAUUGUUUUGGCAAUAUUUGGUAACAGUAAUAUACAAUCAUCACAUUUCUUUGUUUUUCCAAGUGACUCCUUGGCCUAGUAAACAAAAUACAACAGCAGGGAACGUGUUAAACAUGAACAAUGCCUUAAAUUAAAAAUAGCUGACAUCAGGAAUAAAUGGAUCCUUGAUUGGACAGAUUAAACAAGAAUCAUCCUAACUGCGUUUCAUGUUGCCUUAUUUUAUCUCUUAUUUAUUUUUCAACAGAGGGAUAAACUACUUAACGCCUUGAAACUCUCUGUGAAGUUAUUCUAGAUAAUGAAGAAUACAUUCCCAAAAUUUUAUGUUUUAGUGUUGCUUAGUUUCCUGUUUAAAAAAUCAAACAUUAGAGAAAGUUAGGCAACAUGUAGUCGCACUGAUUCUAAUCAAAUCAGUCUAAUUUACGCGAAUCUUAGUUGGACCGCAUUUUGCAAUUAGCAACUGCAAUUUCUGGCUCAUUGGUAAAAUUACUUAUGUGCAUAGGGACACGAAUGGUACAUACUCUGUUUCUAACCAAACCAAGCCAGUAGUUGUAGUUCCUGAUUGUAAAAUGAAGUCCAAUUUCAGUUCUCAAGGCACAAAUCCUGAAAUGAAGGUCCUGAUUCCAUUUUCAUUCUAAUGAAUAAAAAAAAAAAUUUCCCUCAAAACUUAGGAUAUUUUUGAGCUUGAGUCUUUCUGCAUAGCUGUUAUUUUCUAUGAGGAAAUUACUCUUUUUGCUUCUUUUUGUGGUAAAAACGGAGAAUAUAAAUUUGUAUGGCAGCAUGGAAGAACUUGUCAAAAUAAUAGCAGCAUUGUCUGAUCCAUGUGAGUUUAAGAAGUGAAUUCCAAACCAGAUGAGGAAUUCAGGUAUUUGAGCUAUCUAUGGUGCGAAUCUUUAAUGGACAUACAGGAUUCAAAAUUAAGCACUACCGCUCAUGUUUUCUGUAAAAAAUUCCUAGCUGAACGCAUUGAACCUAUGCGCAACUGCGAUAAUUCAUUUGUAAGAGAGAAAUAAACGUUCGUAGUUUACACUACAUAAAAAGAGUAAAUUCAAACUUCCUACUUGCGAUAAAAUCGUAAUUGGUGUACGCCAAAUCUUGCUUUGAACCCCUCAAUUCAAACUCCUCUUCUUCAUUGCAGAAUUUAGAAAAUAUGAAAAUAUCUAUGUCAUUGUAUUUUACAAAACGUUUAACCAAAAAAGCAGCACAUCCUCCUCCUAUGUAUGCACCAUCAUUCACAUUUACAUAUGUAAGGUCAUCGUUUAUUAUCUCUAAAUGGUGUCUUAUUGUAGAUAAUUCAUUUUUAUAAUUUUUCUGCUCAUGACUUUUCACUGAUGACAUAUUUGACUUUACGAAUUUGGUCGACAAUUUUCCAAACUGAUGGCACUUGCAAAGUUCCAAGAGCAGAAAAAAGCUGAGACGUUUCGUUGUAAAGAUUUUCAAAAAGAGCGUUGAACGUCAUCAGAAGCAUCUGACCUUGAGAGGCAAGUAACUAGAACUAUGUUUCGCACACAUUUCCUCUCCUGUCGAAAAAAGGUAGCACACAGGAAAAUUCAUUCAUUGUAAAACAUAUUGAUUCAUUAGUUUAGUUUCAAAUUUUACCCGAGUAGACGCGGGUUUUUCUGUGAGCAAGAAGUGAAAAUUAGUGAAGACAAAAAUCAUUUUUUUUCUAACUAAUGAGUUGAAUUUGAAAGUUUCAAUGUUGCCAUCAUAUUCAAUGUAAAAUUUUGAUGAGGAAAUAUGUAUUGCAGGGUUGCCUCAGUGAGGGAAUAUCGGGAUAUGUCCGGAAAUUUUAAAGGUCAGGAAAAUUGACGAAAGUGUCAGAAAAAUUGUCAAGUCACCUUGAUUUGCUUUCUAGAAUGAGUUUGAUGUUUCGAACAACAGAUUUUGUGUGAAAACUAUUUCAAAUUAUGUCUUUCCAAUCAUCUGGCAAAUUUUUAAUUGUCUGGGAACUUUACCUAAGUGUGACAAGGAAAUUUGGGGAAUGUCAGGGAAUUUUUUUCCUCUAAAUUCUGUGGCAACCCUGUUAUUGUAGUGAUUAGUUUGUACUACGUCCUUUGAUUCAUUCUGGCAGACUUGGACUUGAGUAUGGAUCUUGGCUCUAAAUCUGAACGUGAAACUUUACAGGAUUUUGGUCAAAUAUUGUACUCAGUCAAAGAGUGGAUAUUGUCUCUUAGAAUGAUUAAUUAGAGAACUUGUAUUGUCACACGAGGUGGUAUUCAUCAUAAAUGCUAUGUUGAACUCUGUUAUUUCACUUUCGGUUUCCAAAGUUAUCCUCUACUAAGACUGAAAAUGAUGUACGUUUGUUUUUCUAGUUAUACCGAUUUAAGUAAUGAUAAGGAAAUAAUUGUAUCGAAAAAUUGUCAUGAGACAUAGUGCAUCUAGGAAUUUUGGAGAGCAGAAUGAGAUGCCUAUCGGUUUGAACCAGUUGCAGAUCCAGCAAACUGCUGGAAAUCAUUAUGAUAACGAGUGUUCUUAUGAGUUCCUCUCUUUCCUCGCCAGCUCAAUUUUUCAUUUAUUGCUCUGAGUGCCUAAUGACUAUUCAUUAUAUUACUAGGUAUAAAAAGUUGACUAGUGGAAACACAAGGUUGUUUGUAAAGAAUGGGUUUCUGUUGUUAUCUAUGGGCUCUUCUGUGUAGAGCUAGAGAUGCGCAGAUACAUUAUUUUGUGUUAAUUUUUUUUGUAUUUUGGUUUUUAUAAGUUUUAGAGCAUAAAUAACUAUCAUACCUUUAAAAUCGCUUCUAGGGACACAUACCAUCAGUAUACGCUAUUUAGGAUAGUGGCGGGUGAGUUUGUUUUUGUUUUUCCAUUCUCCUAAAAGUUUUUGCCUGUAUGCAAGUGCCCCUUGCGCUUCAGGAACGAGAUCAAGUUUUGAUGAGAAAAUCAACCAAAACAUUUAUAAAUUCUGAAAUUGUGAUAUCACUUGUUGUAUUUAUUUUUUUUUGGGUGAGUCAGUCGUAAGUGGCAUGGAGGGUUGUUUUUGAUGGCUCAAUAGAGCAGAAAAAGUAAAAAAAAAAAAUUCGUUUGAAACUCCAAGUUUCCAAUUACACUUUUAACACGUAUAAUACGUAUAUGUCAUCAUGGCUUAUCAUCUGAAUCAAUAAAAUUGCCAAUAUGUUUUCGUAUCAAUCACCGCACUUGUGUAUGCAGGUUUAUUUCAUUAUGGUAUCAUCAGUAUCGCUCUGAUUCAUCCCAAGUAAAUUUUUUUUAUGCUCAAGUAUGAGACCAACAUGGAAGAUACAAAGUCACCAGACAAGGUGCGACUUAAAACAUAAUGAGUUAUGUUUUCUCUUCAAAAUUCACAGUAAUUAGUGCUAAGCAAAUUGUGUUCUACAUAUUUGAAAUUCUAGAAUAGAAAUAAUUUUGAACAUAUAUCAGAAUGCUGAAAUUUGCACCUUGUCAAGUGGUUUAUUGUAUGCACGAAUACAGAGAUUGAAUACAUUAAUGAAACAGAUCUAAUGAGAAUCAGCCUUAUUAAUUCAGCUGUUGCCUAUUUUUCUAAAUGGAAUCUAAAAGCAACCUCUAGGCCUCACAUUUUGUGAGUAUAUUCUAUAGGAGCAAAAGAAAAAUUGUAGAAAGUUUCAAAGCAUCCUGAUGCUCAGUUUUCUAUCAUAGAAUUGAAAUAUGUGAGAAAAUUAGGCAUUUUGCAACGAAAUCAGGCUGAGUCCAUCCAACUGUUUCAACAUUGGAUUUAGAAUCUAGAUGUAUGGAAAGAUUUUAGUAUGUUUUUGUUCGGUACCUCAUCAAUCUCAACCAUCAAACCACCACGCAGUGAUAGACGAAUUUGGCUCAUUUACUCUGCACAGCCUCUCAUUUUUUUAGUCUUGAAUUAGCGGUUAGAGAAAAAGUAAUUCAGAUUUUAUUUUUGAAAUGCAUUUUAACUAACAUCACUUUAUUUAGUGCGUAAUCAUAUUUAUGUAGUUUCAACAUUUAGCAACACUUGUGUCUACAAUAUCGCUCUGUACUCUUUCUCCUAUUAUUGUUCUACAACUAGUUAUUUUUUGUGAUAAAUAUGUUACUCAAUAAAAGUUUUAAAAUCAA